GUCAACAGACUAUGGCACUACCUAUGAAAAGCUAAAUGAAAAAGUAGGCCUGAAGACUGUGCUGAGCUACCUUUAUGUCAGUCCCACUAACAAGAGGAAGAUCAUGCUUCUUAGUGAUCCAGAGGUUGAGAGUGGCAUCCUCAUCAGCUCUGAUGAAGGGGCUACCUACCAGAAGUACCGUCUGAACUUCUAUAUCCAGAGCUUGCUCUUCCAUCCCAAGCAGGAGGAGUGGAUCUUGGCCUACAGUCUGGAUCAAAAGCUGUACAGCUCCAUGGACUUUGGAAGAAAAUGGCAGCUCAUGCAUGAGCGGGUCACGCCAAACAGGUUUUACUG